GACACUUGGUUUCCAUUCUUUGGUUCAGAAUAUCACGGGUUUCUUCGAUAUCAUCAUAGCCAUGAAAAGAACUUGAGGAAAGAGCUAGCAUCCGAAGAUCAGCAGUAAGGGGUUUAUAUCCAAUACCAGGUUUCCCCGUUUGCAUUGCCAGAGCGAUGAUUCCGAUGAAGAGGAGAAACUCAGCGGCUACGCUGAUCGUGUGCCUGGCUCUCUUUGCGUUUUUCUUUGUAUUUGAGAUCAACCUGUCUUCCAUUUUCAGAUUGAUUGCAACUCGUUCGACCGGUAUUCAAGAAUCGGAACGUUUGGAACUGAAACCAAUGAGAACGCAGGAACCGUUAAUAAAAGCAAUAGGCAAAGAGGCCCGGCCGCUUCAGCAAUCCCCUCCACAGAGACAAAUUAUCAGCUGCGACCGUUCCCAUAGAGAAUAUGAUCUCUGUUCGAUAAACGGCCCCACUGUCGUGGACCCCAACACCUCUACAUUCUUCCUCAUGGACCCCACCACAUCCAGUCCACAGUCCACGGUGGAGAAAAUCAAGCCCUAUCCAAGAAAAUGGGAGAAUUUUCCAAUGGCGAGAAUCAAAGAGCUGACCAUCACAUCGAGCCCAUCGGGCCCACGAUGCAAGGUCCGACAUAAGGCCCCGGCCAUUGUAUUCAGUGCGGGAGGGUACACGGGAAACGUUUUCCAUGAUUUCAAUGAUGGAUUCAUCCCACUUUUCAUCACCGUCGACUCCAUCUAUCAGAAACAAGAUGUCAUCCUUGUGAUAUCUGAGGCACGUGAUUGGUGGGUAAGCAAGUACAGAAAUUUGCUUGAUGUUUUCAGCACACACAAAAUAGUAAGCCUGGACAAUGACACUUCCACGCACUGUUUUCCUUCUGCCACACUAGGCCUCAUAUCAUAUGGUUUCAUGGCAUUAAUGCCAAACUCGUCACAAACAUUACUUCAUUUCCGUGCCCUCCUAGACCAAGCAUUUGGUCAUGGCAAGAACAACCCUUACUCCAUCUCUAAUGAAUUUUUGAAAUUCAGUAGGAAGCCGAGACUCGUGUUUAUCAACCGACUGAGAGGCCAAGGACGAGAAAUUUUGAACAAAGAUGAAGCAAAGCGAGUAGCGGAGGAGAUCGGGUUUGAUGUCAUUUCGUUUGAGCCAACGGAUAGGACUUCGUUGGACCAAGUUUAUGCAUUGCUAAAUUCUAGCCAUGCAAUGGUUGGGAUGCACGGGGCAGCACUUACACACUUGUUGUUCCUCCGGCCGGGGUCGGUGCUGGUGCAAGUGAUGCCGCUAGGGACUAAUUGGGCGGGGAAGAUGUGCCAUGGGGAACCAGCUAGGGCGAUGGGGAUAGAGUACAUGGAAUACAAGAUUGAUGUAAAGGAGAGUAGCCUAGUGGAGAAGUAUGACAAGGAUGACAUGGUGAUUAAGGACCCAGCUGGUCUUCAAGGAAAGAAGUGGUCGCUUGAUGUUAUGAAAAUAUAUUUGAAGGAACAAAAUGUUAAACUAGAUUUGGUUAGGUUUAGGGAAUGUCUGAAGGAAGCUUAUAGGAAAGCCAAGGUGUUCAUGGAGAAAGAGGGAUGAAUGUUUGAGUGGACACCAAUUCCCAUACAUAAAAAGUGGUUCAUCAACAUUUCAAGCCAUGAAUCUUAAA